AUGGGAAACAAAAAUAAUUUCCGGCCCAGAAAUGAUUUUAAUGGCAUGAGGAAUGAUUUCAAUCACAAAAAUGAGAAUGGUGGACACCAGAGUGAUUUUGGGGGUCCAAAGGAUUAUAACAAAAUGAAGUCUAACUUCAAUAAUCAGAUAAUGAAGAAUAAUGAUUAUGAGGGGGAUAAAUCUGCCGCUGGAAAUAUGCAGUUUUAUGGAAAUGGUAAACCUGACUUUGGUGGACCGAAACCACAAAAUUUUCCUAAAACUUUUAAUAAUCAAAAUGGUCAUAAUAAUCAACAAAACUUUGGACCAAAAAAGGUUUUUAAUAUGAAUACUACACAACAAACUGUAGAUUUUAAUAACAAGCAGCGGGGCAAGAAAACCAAACAUCCUGGUGAUAGUUUGGUCAAGCCAAUGUGGGAUAUAUCAAAACUUGAACCCAUUGAAAAAGAUUUCUACAGGCCUCAUGCUAAUGUUGAAGGCCGUUCUGAUGAUGAUGUGCAGCAAUUUCGAGUGUCAAAAGAAAUUACUGUAAGUGGUAAUAAUAUUCCACGUCCCAAUCAGAUUUUUGAUGAAGGAAAUUUUCCUGAUCACAUAAUGAAUACCAUUAAAGAACAAGGGUGGGCGGAACCAACUGGCAUCCAGGCUCAAGGAUGGCCAAUUGCUUUAUCUGGCAGAGAUAUGGUUGGUAUUGCAUCAACAGGAUCAGGAAAAACACUUGCAUACAUGCUGCCAGCUGCCGUUCACAUUGUACAUCAACAGCGCAUUCAACGUGGUGAUGGCCCAAUUGCCCUUAUUCUCGCGCCCACUAGAGAACUGGCGCAACAAAUUCAAUCAGUCGCCCAGAGUUAUAGUGCACGUGGUUGUAUAAGAAACACCUGUCUAUUCGGCGGUUCACCUAAAGGACCCCAAGCUAGAGAUUUGGAGAGAGGUGUAGAGAUCGUCAUUGCAACUCCUGGAAGGUUAAUUGAUUUCCUAGAGCGUGGUACGACCAACUUGCGGCGUUGCACUUAUUUAGUAUUAGAUGAAGCUGACAGAAUGUUAGACAUGGGUUUUGAGCCUCAAAUCCGUAAGAUCAUUGAACAGAUACGCCCAGAUCGUCAAGUUUUGAUGUGGUCAGCCACCUGGCCUAAAGAAAUUCAAGCUCUUGCUGAAGACUUCCUCAAUGAUUAUGUCAAAGUAAACAUUGGCUCAUUGAAUUUGUCCGCUAAUAAUAACAUUAAACAAAUAAUUGAAAUUUGUGAAGAGCAUGAGAAGGAAAAUAAGCUCACCAAUCUAUUGAAAGAAAUCUCCCUAGAGAGGGACAAUAAAGUAAUUGUAUUUGUGGAGACAAAAAAAAAGGUGGAUGACAUUGCGCGUGCUGUUCGUCGCAAGGGACACAAAGCUCUUGCAAUCCAUGGAGACAAAUCGCAGAUCGAACGUGAUGCCGUGUUAACUGAGUUCAGAAAUGGAGCAAAUAGUAUUCUUAUUGCCACAGAUGUUGCAGCACGUGGUCUUGAUGUUGAAGAUGUAAAAUUUGUUGUAAACUUUGAUUAUCCUAAUUCAUCUGAAGAUUACAUUCAUAGGAUUGGUCGCACAGGCCGUUGCCAACAAUCAGGUACAGCCUACACAUAUUUCACAAGUGGAGAUGCGCGUCAAGCUCGUGGUUUACUUGCUGUACUACGAGAAACAGGUCAAAAUCCUCCUGCCAAACUCAGUGAGAUGGCACGUAAUAACAACAACAAUUCAGGCCGUAACCGCUGGCAACAACGAAAAGAAAAUAAUAGUGGUGCUAGUUCACCACGACAACAGAACAAUCAAUGGAACAAUAAGAUGGCAAAUGGAAAUGCUGAGGACAGUCAGAGUGUUUACCAAAACAGAGGAGUCAAUCAGCAAGCACCUCGUUUCUCCAAUCAAAAUCAAGCUAACCAAGGCUACAGGCAAAACAAUUAUCAAAAACAAGUACCAUUCCCAAGUCCAAAUGUUUUUGAAUCUAUGGGCAGUUAUCAAGGAGGAUAUAAUAAUGGCUAUCAGAAUGGUUACAAUAACCAAAAUGGCUAUGCUCAACGGCCAUACAAUAAUAUGCGAAAUGGUCAACAACAAUACCGCAAUAACAACGGUGGUAACAAAAACAAUGGCACUGGCUCAUCAUAUGGAUCACCUCCACCACACUUUGCUACCCCCCAACAUUAUCCACAGAUGCAUCCUCAUCACCAGGAGAUGCUUGGUGGCAAAUUCUACGGAGGUGGAGUUGGCGGCGGCGGUCCUUGUGGUUAUCAAGCGGCCGUAGGUGUGAGCGGACCAUACGCCCACCUGCCCCCUGGUCCACUGCUGUAUGCUGCCCCCGUCCAGCAGUAA